AUGGUAGUAACUCACCUUGAAUCAUGCCAUAGGAUAAAAUCUGAUCUUUUUAAUACUUCAUUAUCAACUUAUCCUUCUGAUAAGCCAAAUAAAAUUGAUACUAAGAUUACAACAACAACAACAACAACAACAACAACAACAGCUAUACUUGAAAAGGAACCAAUUAUCAGUCAUAUUCAUAGUAAUGAUAGUAGCAAGGAUAAUUUGAAAAGUUAUAAUUCUUCGCUCUUACAAGACAAAAAAUGCACAAUGAAACAAGAUACACUGAUCCCUUCUCAACCGAUCAAUAUAAAAUUACAUGAAGAAUCAAAUGGAUGUAAAGUCAAACAGCCAUUAGAUCAUAUGUAUACAUCGACCGGUGAACAAAAUAGCAACAAAUCCAAUUUCGUAUCAAAUUCUCGACCACAUAUAUGUAUGUCACCAAGAUGUCCACCAGAUGGUGCAGCAAUUCAUGAAAUAUCUCCGCCGAGUCUUAGUAAAUCAAAAAAAUCUGUGAUUUAUGAAAAUUUAAUUGAUAGAUAUUUAUUAAUGGAAGAUGAGAAGCAUUUAAUGAAAGAAAUCUCUUCAAAAUCAUCAAUUACAACAAACAAUAUUAAAACUACUACUACUACUACUACUUCUACUACUACUACUACUACAAUAACAACAACAUCAACCAGUACAAAUAAUCGUUCAUCUGUUCUAAAUAAUCACAUCCACGAUAACAGUACUAAUAGUAAUAAUAAUACUAAUCCAAAAGAUUUAACAACACACAAUGUUUCAACACAAAGUACUCAAACAACUUUUGACAUGAUAGCGCUCACAUCGACUAAUCUUCCAAUACAGGAUUGUUUUCCGACUUGUGAUAGCAUUAAUAAAAAUUAUCUAACCUCCGAAUCGACUAUUUCAUAUACAUCCCCAUCCAACGAAACUGUAAAUACUCCUAUCGAACCUCAUUCAUCAACCAAUACAAAUACUUGGUUCCCACCGCCACCCCCACAAUUACUUCAAGAUUCAAUGGUUAAUUCUACAAAUUUCGUUGCACAACCACCACAUUAUCAUGAACACUGUCGUCCAGAUGAUGUUCAUCCAUUAGUUAUAAACAAAAUGCCUGAGAAAUCUUCAGAUAUCAUUAAUGAUUUGAACGUAUCUUCACCUGAUCAAAUCAACAGUUCAACAAAAACUUGUACAUCUAUUUCUCCAACAACAAAUUUAAAAUUAUCCACAUCUUCACCAACAUCACAUUUACCUCCAGUGUCUUCUUCAUCUCAUCCUCCAUCGGUUCCUCCACGACAUCCAGCUACUGCAUUGCAAUAUCAACCAGAAGUAGCUGAUUCAUUAAAAACAACACAUGAAAAAACGAAGAACAAUAUUGUUUCGGAAAAAUUGGAGGAUAAAUCUCAUCAGAAAUUUACCGAUACGUGUAACACAGUAUCAGUAUCAACACCUUUGAUAACAUCAUCAUCAUCAUCAUGUGAAAAUUCUGUUUCAGCUAACAUUCCACAAACACAUAAUUCAAUGAAUCAGUCAGAUAAACUAACAGAUUCCUCUGUGAUGCUAACAACCGAUAAAAUAAAAAUAUCAACAAAUAAUUCUUUAGAAUUAACUGAAUCAUCUAAGAUACAAACAGUUUCACCAGGUAUUUUAGAUGAAAGAAAUAAAAAUCCAACUAACUAUCCUCUCGAUGGAAGAUCUGUUGUUCCAUGGGAUUCAAAUUUACAAGAUAAUUUUUUACUUUCAGUUACUUCCUCAAUGAAAACACUUCAAACAAAUGAAACAGAAAUGAUUAAAUCAACAUGUACAGUAUCUUGUGAUUCAACAGUUACUUCGUCAACUUCAUUCUCUGAUAAAAGAAAUGUCAACUGGGCAUUUUCACAACAACAUGCUUCUUCUUAUCCUUCAGAAAAAUUAGUUACACCUUGUGUUGAUUCAAUAAAUCCUGUAUUAGUUAAAAAACAAUCCGUGAAAUUUCACGAUUCAAAUAGAUUACAAAAUGAUCAAAAGUCAACUGUCACUGUAACUAGACCAAAUUUUUUACCAGAUUUUGUAUUAAUAAAAUCUACACAGCCUGGUCAACCAUCGAUUAAACGUCUUAUUUCACCGGAUGAUUUGAAAAAUGAACGUAUUAUUGGAAAACAUUAUAAUGUUGCAAAUAAUUAUAAUCUAAAUCAAUCUAGUCUACUACAAAAUCAAGAACAAAAUGAAUUUGUACAAUUUGUUUAUCCAGUAAAAGAUUCCGCGCAUAUAAGUCAUCAUAAUCGAGAAUUAUUAAUUAAUAGUCAUCCAGAAAUACAAUCGAAUCAACCAAUUGAUGUAUAUUGGUUGAAAGCUCAACAAAGGGCUGAAUUGAUGAAUUCAAAUAAUGUAAGAAAUGGAAUUCAUCGUUCUUUUCGUGAUUUUCCUCAGCGCCAAAUCAGUGCAGAGCCUGCAUUCACAAACAUACAACCAAGUGUUAUGCAAUUAUCUCCAACUAGAACACAUAAAGAACAUUUCACUUCAAAGAUUGCAUCUGCCGAUAAUUCCAGUAAAAAUAGUAACAUACUCUUGAUGACACAAUCAAGUUUACCAGCUGGGUUUCCUGAGCAACAGUCAGAAUUUUUUCCUCAUUACAGACAUAAAUCUGAUAAUCUUGUCCAUACUAAUCCUAAUUUUAUCACAGAAAUCAAAUCAAAUCGUAUGUCCAGCGAUUCUAUACAUGAACAACGUUACUCUCACAGAAAUCGUUCAUAUAAUGCUGAAGAUUCCUAUAUGAGAGAGUUAAUUGCACCAAAUUAUAAUAAUAGUAUGACACAAUCUGUAUUCUUUCCUCUAGAUUCAGGAUGGGCUCCACCAGAUGUUAAAUCAAAUGAUUCAACGAGCGGUAAACACAAAAAACAUAAUUCAAAUAUGAUUCGUUCACACAGUCAACGUACUAACGAUUCACAAGCUAAUUUUGAAAGUAAUCAAUUAGGGGCAUCCUCAGAUCAUACAAGAUGUUUAAUACCAUCAAAGCAUUAUCAUCGUAAUUUAAGUCAAACAGUACCAGCCAAUCCAGAUAGUAAUUCCAAUUGGCCUCCAGUUCUUGUUCAGUGGCAUAGAAGACGACCGAAUGUUGCUGCUAGUACAGAAAAUUUCCCUGAUCUAGUCGAUUACCAGAGAAAUAAAAGAUACAAUGAAAAUAUGCACAUUCCAGCUGAAUAUUAUAUACAUCAUAAAUCAGAUUUUUCACGUCAUCAUAAUAGCACAUCGGCGAUAUCUGAACAACUUGAAAAUCAACCAUGGUUUCAUCAUGAUCUUUCACGUUCACAUGCAGAGAAAUUAUUGAAAUCUACACCAACAGGUAGUUUUCUUGUACGAAGAAGUGAGACAAGUAAAACAGAAUUAUCACUCUCGAUAAAACGAGAAAGUGAUGUACUUCAUAUGAAAAUUUCACAAGAUCCUGAAACUAGAGGUUAUGUUCUAGGCGAAUAUAGUCAACCUUAUCCAAGUGUUUCAGCUAUGAUUUAUCGUUAUUCACGAACUUUACUUCCAGUCCGUGGUACAACUCCGGUGUUGUUGCGCUUCCCAAUCAGUCGUGUUGCAUUUUCACAUUAAAUUAAAUAAAUUCUCAUACAAUACAUCAAUGCGUUGUCAAUUAUUAUUAUACAUUCUUCUGUUUAUUCAAGUUGAUUUAUUUAUUGAUAACAU